AUGUCGAUUGCUGAGGCGAUGGGACGGAGUUUGCAGCAGACCGCCAUCUCGACGAACAUCAAGGAGCGUCUCGACUACUCCUGUGCCAUCUUUGCGCCGACGGGCGACCUUGUCGCCAACGCGCCCUUCAUGCCUGUUCACCUGGGCAGCAUGAGCUGGAGCGUCAAGUACCAGCUAAAGCUGCACGGGUCGUCGCUGAAGCCUGGCGAUGUGCUUCUCACCAACGCUCCUCAGGCGGGUGGCUCGCAUCUGCCUGACCUGACCGUGAUCUCACCGAUCUUCGACCCGAACGAUGACACCAAGAUCAUCUUCUUCGCAGCCUCGCGCGGACACCACGCCGACAUCGGUGGCAUCCUCCCCGGCAGCAUGCCCCCGACCUCGACGGAGCUCUGGGAGGAGGGCGCCGUCAUCGAGAGCAUCAAGGUGGUCUCUGAGGGCAUCUAUGCGCACGACGCGGUUUACAAGGCAAUGGUCGAGGACCCCGCGCAGUACCCCGGCUGCUCUGGCAGUCGCAACUUCCGCGACACCGAGAGCGACCUCAAGGCGCAGAUCGCGGCCAACCACAAGGGCGUGCAGCUCCUGACUGCGCUUGUGGAGCAAUACGGCCUGAAGAUGGUCCACGAGUACAUGGAGCACAUCCGCGCGAACGCCGAGCAGGCCGUCCGCACCAUGCUGAAGGAGAGCAUCCCGCGCAUUGGCAAGUCCUUCACGGCUAUCGACUACAUGGACGACGGGUCCCCCAUUGCCCUCCGCGUUACAAUCGACGAGGAGACCGGCGGCGCCAUCUUCGACUUUGAGGGCACCGGUCCAGAGAUGCGGGGUAACCUGAACACGCCCGUGUGCGUCGUCCACGCUGCCGUCAUCUACUGCCUCCGCAGCAUGAUCGGCGAGGACAUCCCUUUGAACGCGGGCUGCCUAGUGCCCCUCGACAUCCGUAUCCCCAAGGGCACGCUCCUCGAUCCUUCGCCUCUCGCUGCCGUCUGCGGCGGCAACGUCAUGACCUCGCAGCGUGUCACCGACGUCGUUCUCAAGGCGUUCAGGGCUUGCGCCGCUUCUCAAGGCUGCUGCAACAACCUCACCUUCGGCGUCGGCGGCAAGGAUCCAGUCACGGGCGAAGUGACCGAGGGAUGGGGAUACUACGAGACUGUCGCUGGUGGCAGCGGCGCCGGCCCCCACUGGCAUGGCACGAGCGGCAUUCACACGCACAUGACCAAUACGCGCAUCACGGACGUCGAGAUCCUCGAGCGCCGAUACCCCGUUCUCCUGAAGGAGUACCACUUCCGCCCCGGCUCUGGCGGUGCGGGAGAGUACAAGGGCGGCGACGGCACGGUGCGCUCGUACCAGUUCCUUGAGCCCCUAAAGGUCUCCAUUCUCUCCGAGCGCCGUGCUCGUGCACCCUAUGGACUCGAGGGAGGCGAGGACGGAGCCCUUGGAAGGAACAUCUGGGUCAAGACUGAGAAGGACGGAAGUACCCGCCGCAUCAACGUUGGCGGGAAGGGCACCAUGAAGUUCAGCACUGGCGACACCCUGGAGCUCCACACGCCUGGCGGUGGUGGAUGGGGAGCGGGCCAGACGAAGGAGAUGAAGAAGGUCCACAAUAACGACUUCGAACCUCGCGGCAGCAUUGCCGAGAGGGCCAAGGUCGAUUUCUAG